AUGGAUUUGAAGGAAAGAAAAGAUACUUCUUCUUUGCCAGGACCGCCCGGUAGUUUCUCCAAAUCGUCACCACCACCGCCGGAGAUGGAUGUUCUUGAUAUGCACAAUCGGAAAAGUUCGCCGGAUUCUAUCUUGGAGGCCGAGAAGGUAGAUAAAAAGCAUGGAGGAUGGAAAGCCAUCUCGUUCAUUUUAGCUAACGAAACGUUGGAGCGACUGGGAACGAUUGGGUUAUUGUCAAACUUCAUGGUGUAUCUAACAAGAGUGUUCCACUUAGAACAAGUCGAUGCUUCCAAUGUCAUCAACAUCUGGUCUGGUUUCACCAACCUCACUCCUCUCGUCGGCGCGUUCAUCUCAGACGCUUACGUCGGCCGCUUCAAGACCAUCGCUUUCGCCUCCUUCGCCACCCUCUUCGGCCUAAUAACAUUGACACUCACAGCAUCGCUUCCUCAACUCCACCCAGCAUCAUGCGGCAACAACAACAACCCAAUAAAUUGCGCCGGUCCGACCAAGCUUCACAUGGGAAUUUUGCUAUUAGGUCUCGGUUUCCUCUCCAUAGGAAGUGGAGGAAUACGACCAUGUAGCAUCCCUUUUGGAGUUGACCAGUUUAACCAACGAACCGAGGAAGGGGUUAAAGGAGUUGCUAGUUUCUUCAACUGGUAUUACAUGACUUUCACUGUGGUUCUGCUCAUUACACAGACCGUGGUUGUGUAUAUCCAAGACCAAGUCAGCUGGAUCAUCGGCUUUGGUGUCCCUACCGGGCUCAUGGCUUGUGCUGUGGUUGCCUUUUUCGCCGGAAUGAAGCUUUACGUCUGCGUUAAACCUGAAGGUAGUAUCUUCUCCGGGAUCGCUCAAGUUGUUGUGGCAGCUCGUAAGAAGCGAAAGCUAAAGGUCCCGGCAGAAGAUGACGGCUCUGUGACCUACUAUGACCCUCCGGUUAAAGCUAGCGUGUUAUCCAAGUUACACCAUUGUAACCAAUUCAGGUUUCUAGACAAAGCGGCGGUGAUCAUAGACGGCGAUCUAACAUCUGACGGAGUCCCGGCGAACAAGUGGCGGUUAUGCAGCAUCCAAGAAGUGGAAGAAGUGAAGUGUUUGGUCCGCGUUGUUCCUGUAUGGUCGGCCGGAAUAAUCGCACUCGCGGCAAUGUCACAACAAGGAACAUUCACCGUCUCUCAAGCUUUGAAAAUGGAUCGACACAUGGGACCUAAAUUCGAGAUUCCGCCUGGUUCUCUCUCCGUCAUAUCUCUCCUCACCAUCGGCGUCUUUCUUCCCUUAUACGACCGUGUUUUCGUCCCAUUCUUCCGUAGAAUCACCGGCCAUAAGUCCGGUAUCACACUCCUCCAAAGAAUCGGGACAGGGAUCGUUUUCGCUAUCCUUUCUAUGAUCGUAGCUGGUCUUGUGGAGCGCGUUAGACGCAGACGCUCCAUCGCCGCCGGAGAUCCGACAGGGAUGACUCCGAUGUCAGUGUUCUGGCUCUCACCGCAGCUGAUUCUGAUGGGACUAUGCGAAGCGUUCAAUAUCAUCGGACAGAUCGAGUUUUUCAACAGUCAGUUUCCGGAGCACAUGCGAAGCAUCGCUAAUGCUCUCUUCUCUCUAUCAUUCGCCGGUUCGAACUACCUCAGCAGUUUUAUAGUUACCAUCGUUCAUAAGUUCUCCGGUGGCCGUAACCGUCCUGAUUGGCUCAACAAGGAUCUCAACGCGGGAAAAUUGGAUUACUUCUAUUAUCUGAUUGCGGUUAUGGGUGUGUUUAAUCUGGUUUACUUUUGGUAUUGUGCACGAGGAUACCGGUACAAGUCCGGUUCACCUAUGGGAGGUUUUGAGGAGGAGGACAACAAGAGUUUCUCUGAUGUUGAGAUGAGUUCCAAAAAACAGCUUAAGUGA